CACGAAGAAGAAAAACGAAGGGAGUGAAUAAUAAAUGUGAGAAAUAAUAGGAAAAAGGGGGUCAUAGGUCACGCGAUAUUUUUGUGCACCAAUCAACGCUAUGAAAUUUAGUCAACUACCGGAAUUCGGCCAAAGGUUAGUUUUUUUGUUUUUGUUUUUUUUUUUUUAAAAGGGGCCAAAGGUUAGUUUUUACAGUAAAUAUUGUCGUAAAUCUUCAUAUAAGUUAUUGUUAUUAAACAGAGUAAUUACUCUUAUUAAAUGUCAACUUUGUAUUUGAAAGGUAGCAUUUUUUUCAUUCUCAAAAUAGAAUAUUUAGACCAAUAGCUCAUAUCACCGAAAAGAGGAAAAUACCAAUUUACCCUGCAUAUCGUUAUCAGACCCUCAAAUAUUUCGAUGAUAUUUUAUGCUGGGUAAAAAAUGUUUUAUGGUAUUUUCGUGAACAAAACAAAACAAUAAUUCGUCGCUUACUUACGUGAAGAAAGAAAUAUCAGAAGAACGACCAAACAAAUUCAUCUCCCAGAAGUAAAAUUUAAGGCAAAUGCUUUAAUUUCUAACACAAAAACCCUUUAAUUCUCUCUUUUCUAGCAAGAAAUUAAAAGCGGGGCAAAGAAUUCCAGGUUAAAGGACUUAUUUCUACCCGCCAAAUUCAGAAUUUUCCAGAAUUUCUGUAUUGUUUUUCUGGGCAAGUUUUGUUUUACUAAAAGAAUCUUGUUUUGCUUGAGAUGGGUUUUUGCUUCGGAGUGUAGAAAGUUGAAAUUGGACAUUUGUUUGGGCAAAAUUUGAUGUUAGCAAACUUGGGUAAUUUCUAUUUUUGGGGUUUGUUUUGAAUUUUAUGCAAUAAUUGGGUUUAAAGGGGAUAAUUAGUGAGGUUUGUUAGUGGUAAAAUCAAUGAAUUGGAGUAUGUUUUUGAGAGGGAGAGAGAAUGAGCAUUAAGCUUCAUUCCCCUUUUAUUGGGACACCCAUUUGUAGCUCUAUAGAUGGAAGAAAGGGUGGUAAUCUUGUGUAUUUGAGGCGGCGAUUGCUGCCCGAAAGAAGGAGCUCAAGCCCUUCAAAAUGUAGAUGUUGGAAGAAAAAUCAUUGGUCACCAAAUGGUGUUUGGUUUCCCCAAAUAUAUGGAAAAAUUGCUAAAUUUUUGAAUGAGGACGUUGAAUCAAGAAAUGAACUGAGGAUAAAUUAUGUGAAAAAGCGUUUUUCGCAAGGGAAAGGGCUGGUGAAGUCUCUUUCUCCGUUAUGGCAAGAAGGGCUACUUCUUUUCCGGUGCUCAAUUUUUGCCGCGGUGAUAUCUGGGGUGUGCUUGUUGCUGUGGUAUGGCCGAGCUAAGGCUAAGGAAUACGUUGAAUUGAAGCUGCUGCCUUCUGUUUCUUCGGCAUUGAGUGAAUACAUUCAACGUGACAUUGAUUUUGGUAAGGUUCGACGGAUCUCACCUUUGAGCAUUACGUUGGAGUCGUCUUCUUUUGGGCCUCAUUCUCAGGAAUUCUCAUGUGGUGAGGUUCCCACAAUAAAGGUCAGGAUUCAUCCUUUUUCUAGUUUAAGGAGGGGAAAAGUUGUGGUUGAUGCUGUUUUGUCUCACCCCACAUUGUUGGUUGCACAAAAGAAGGAUUUUACUUGGUUGGGGAUUCCCUAUACUGAAGGUAGCUUUCAGAAACAUACUUCAACGGAAGAAGGAAUUGAUUCUCGUACGAGGACUAGGAGGGCCGCUAGAGAACAGGCAGGUGCUCAGUGGGAUAGAGAAAGAGUUGAUGAAGCGAGGCGAGCUGCAGAGACAGGAUACAUUGUGCCUAACCAUGGCUCUAGUUCUUCUGAGGUUUAUGCUGAGGAAAAUAAAAAUGGUACAACAGAAUCGAUGAAUGAAAAGUCACACUUCUGUGGGGAUGAAGGGAUGCAUCGGAGGGAUCAUUAUUCCAUGGAUAUGGGUGUUCCAUAUGAUGUGAAGCAUGAUGAUUUGGAGAAGUCGUUUGGCAUAAAGGCUCCUAGAUCAAGGCUAAAGUCCCUUUUCCAAAUCAUGCUUGGUCCAACAAUGCCUAAAUAUAAAAGAAAAACCAACGGGAAAGAUCUCUCUGCGCCUGGUGAUGCUGCUAAAAGAAGGAUUCUUGAGCGAAGUGCUGCUGCUGCUUUUUUGUACUUCCAAAGGCUUGGACUUGAAGACUAUACUCAGUCUUCCAGUUCAGGUGUGGCAUUCACUUCCCUUACAAAUACACAUGAAUUCACAAAGCUAGCCACCAACCGCAGUGAUAAUCUUGAUGCCAAAAGAGAGGAAGAUGCUGAUUAUGGGACGCCUGAACUGUCAACUCACAGUGAUAGAAACUCAUAUUUAGGAGCUCAUGCUGAGGGUCCACAUUCAUCAAUUCUGUUGGACAAAGAGAUUGAAAAUACAGCUGGAUCCGAUUCAUCUAGUUUUGUAGUGGGCAAGGCUGAAUUAACCAGUGACAAAUUACCAUGUAUUGCUGAUGGUGAUGUUACAGGAAAGAAAGAUGCUACUGAUCUGAGUAGCAGAAGUCCAGAAAGUGUUGAUGAAAGCCUAUCAGAUGGAUCAGACACGACGCAACACCAAAGUUUUGAAACCGUCAGAGGCACGUCUUCUGAUCAAGGAUAUCGUGGAUCGUUUGAUCAAGCCACUGUGCGUCAAGAACCUUCACCUAUGGGUAAUGAUUUCCAACCUGCUUGGCCUCCAAAUUUGAAAUCAACCUCCUCCUCACCUCCAGGAAGCAUUGGAGAGAAAUUCUCUUAUCUUGUGUCUGGUCCAUUCCAAGAGUUGAAAAAUGGCAUGGGUCAUAAAUUUGAGGAUGUUGUCACAGAAUUAGUUGAAGAAGUGGAUGAUAUUGAGACUGAAAGGAUUGAUAAGACACUACCAGUUACUCUCGAUUCUGUUUAUUUCAAAGGAGGAACUUUGAUGCUGCUUGGAUACGGGGAUGCAGAACCCAGGGUGAUGGAGAAUGUUGAUGGACAUGUAAAGUUUCAAAACCACUAUAGCCGAGUACACGUGCAACUUAGUGGAAAUUGUAUGAUGUGGAGAUCAGAGAGGGAAAUCGAUGAUGGCGGCUGGUUAUCAACGGAUGUUUUUGUUGAUAUUAUUGAGCAAAAGUGGCAUGCCAAUCUGAAAGUUACAAAUCUUUUUGUUCCGCUUUUUGAAAGGAUCCUAGAAAUUCCAAUUGCAUGGUCAAAAGGAAGAGCAAGUGGUGAGGUACACAUUUGCAUGUCGAGUGGGGAAUCUUUUCCUAACCUACAUGGUCAGCUAGAUGUCACUGGAUUGUCCUUCCAGAUAUUGGAUGCCCCCUCAUGGUUUUCAGAUAUGUCAGCAAGUUUAUGCUUUCGUGGUCAACGUGUAUUUUUGCACAAUGCAAAUGGUUGGUUUGGGGGUGUUCCUUUGGAAGCUUCUGGAGAUUUUGGCAUUAAUCCCGAGGAAGGAGAGUUCCAUCUAAUGUGCCAGGUUCCGUGUGUUGAAGUCAAUGCUCUUAUGAAAACUUUCAAGAUGAAGCCUUUAUUAUUUCCAUUAGCUGGAUUUGUGACUGCCAUCUUCAAUUGUCAAGGACCAUUGGAUGCUCCUAUAUUUGUGGGCAGUGGAAUGGCCACAAGAAAGAUGGGUCCCUCAGUGUUUGAUAUACAUGCAUCAUCUGCAUCUGAAGCAGUAGCAAAAAGUAAAGAUGCGGGUGCUGUGGCUGCAAUUGAUCAUAUUCCCUUCUCUUAUUUAUCAGCUAAUUUCACCUUCAACACUGAUAAUUGUAUCGCAGAUUUAUAUGGAAUUCGGGCAAGCCUUGUGGAUGGCGGUGAAAUUCGAGGGGCAGGGAAUGCCUGGAUUUGCCCUGAGGCCGAGGUAGAUGAGACAGCAUUGGAUGUGAAUUUUUCUGGAAGUUUAUCCUUCAACAAGAUUCUGCACAGAUAUUUACCUGGUUUUCUGGAUCUACUACCUAUGAAAUUGGGGGAACUGAAGGGCGAGACUAAAGUUUCUGGAUCCCUUCUAAAACCGAGAUUUGAUGUGAAAUGGAACGCACCUAAAGCUGAGGGUUCAUUUGUUGAUGCACGAGGAGAUGUCAUAAUAUGCCAUGACUACAUUGCUGUUAAUUCUUCAUCAAUUGCUUUUGAUUUAUAUACAAAAGUGCUGAUGCAUUAUCCAGAAGAAAACUGGUUAAAUGAAGAAGACUAUGCUGUGAAGACUGCAAAAGCUUUUAUUAUGGAAGGACUGGAAUUAGAUUUACGCAUGCGUAGCUUUGAGUUUUUCAGUAUGAUUUCGUCCUAUCCAUUUGAUGCUCCAAGACCUGUAAAUCUUAAAGCAACUGGAAGAAUCAAGUUCCAAGGAAAAGUAACAAGUGCUUCAAAUACAUCUGACCAAUCUGCUGCUGAUGAUAACGGUAGCGAUAAGAAAAUGGAUUGUCUUGUAGGUGAUGUUUCAGUGUCUGGCUUGAAACUCAACCAGUUGAUACUGGCUCCUCAAUUGGCUGGACAUAUGAGCUUUUCACGUGAUCGUAUCAAGCUGGAUGCUACAGGAAGACCAGAUGAAAGUCUUUCUCUGGAGAUCAUAGGUCUAUUAAAUCACACAGCUGAAGAAGCACAAGGAAAACUGUUUUCAUUUUCUCUUCAAAAAGGACAACUGAAAGCAAAUAUUUUCUAUCAACCAGAACUUUCAGCUAAUUUAGAGAUUCGUCACUUGCCUCUUGAUGAAUUAGAGCUUGCUUCACUCAGAGGAACCAUGCAGAGGGCGGAAGUUCAACUGAAUUUUCAUAAGAGGAGGGGAUUAGGUGUGCUUUCAAUGUUACGUCCAAAAUUCAGUGGAGUGUUGGGUGAAGCCUUGGACAUUGCUGUCAGAUGGAGUGGAGAUGUUAUUACUGUUGAGAAAACUGUUUUGGAACAAAGCUACAGCCGAUAUGAGCUUCAAGGUGAAUAUGUGUUGCCUGGGACACGAGAUCGAAAGUCUAGUCCUGAGCUAAGUGGCGGCUUUUUCAGCAGGGCCAUGUCUGGGCAUUUGGGUAGUGUUAUGUCAUCAAUGGGUCGAUGGAGAGUGAGGCUUGAAGUUCCUCAAGCUGAAGCUGCAGAAAUGCUUCCACUUGCAAGGCUCCUUUCCCGGAGUACUGACCCUGCUGUUCGCUCUAGAUCUAAGGAUCUCUUCAUGAAAAGUUUGCAAUCAGUGGGUUUAAGUGCAGGAAGUCUCCAAGAACUGCUUGAGGUCAUCAGAAGGGAAUAUACUUCAUCUGAUGAAGUUGUCCCUGAAGAUAUAAGUUUACCAGGUUUAUCUGAACUUAAAGGCUACUGGCAUGGAUCUCUUGAUGCAAGUGGCGGCGGCAAUGGUGACACAGUGGCAGAAUUUGAUUUCCGUGGGGAUGAAUGGGAAUGGGGAGCUUACAAAACACAGCAUGUUCAAGCAAUUGGUGCAUACAGCAAUGAUGGUGGUUUACGCCUUGAGAAGAUUUUUAUCCAAAAGGACAAUGCCACCAUUCAUGCUGAUGGCACAUUGUUGGGACCCAAGACAAAUCUUCAUUUUGCAGUUCUGAAUUUCCCCGUUAGUCUAGUACCUAUGCUUGUGCAGGUCAUUGAAUCUUCAACCACUGCUGCAAUUAUGUCAUUAAGGCAAUUUUUAGCACCAGUGAAAGGAAUUCUUCAUAUGGAGGGGGAUCUACGAGGCAACCUCUUGAAACCAGAGUGUGAUGUACAAAUAAGGCUCCUGGAUGGUGCUAUUGGGGGUAUAGAUCUUGGUCGAGCAGAAGUAGUCGCUUCCUUGACCUCAGGAAGUCGUUUCCUGUUCAAUGCCAAAUUUGAACCUAUUGUUCAAAAUGGUCAUGUUCAUGUUCAAGGAAGCGUUCCAGUAACUUUUGUGAACAAUGGUGUUUCAAAAGAAGAAGAUGCAACUACUAAUGGUGGCAAAUCAAUCUGGAGCCCUGGUUGGGUUAAGAACAGAGGCAAAGAGUCUGGUGAUGGUGAUGCAGAAAAAAAAGCUUCAAGAGACAGAAAUGAAGAUGUUUGGGAUAUUCAGCUUGCUGAAAGUUUGAGGGGACUGAACUGGAACUUAUUAGAUGCUGGAGAAGUUAGAGUUGAUGCUGAUAUAAAAGAUGGGGGCAUGAUGUUAUUGACUGCUUUGUCUCCUUAUGCUGACUGGCUUCAUGGAAAUGCAGAAAUCAUGCUUCAGGUGAGAGGUACUGUUGAACGACCAGAGCUUGAUGGAUCUGCAACUUUCCACAGGGCUUCCGUAUCUUCACCAGUACUUCGCAAACCUAUUACAAACUUAGGUGGUAGAGUUCUCGUAAAAUCUAAUAGAUUAUGCAUAAACUCUUUGGAAAGUAGAGUAAGCAGACGAGGAAAGCUACUGCUCAAAGGGAACCUUCCCCUUACCGCAGCUGAAGCUUCCCCUGAUGAUAAAAUUGACUUGAAAUGUGAAGAUCUGGAAGUCAGGGCAAAAAAUAUAUUAAGUGGUCAGGUUGACACUCAGUUGCAAAUAACUGGAUCGAUAUUGCAACCUAGUAUUUCCGGGAAGAUAAAAUUGAGUCAUGGUGAAGCAUAUUUACCUCAUGAUAAGGGCAGUGGAGCUGCUCCAUUCAAUAGAUUGCCAUCUAAUCAAACAAGGCUCCCAAAGGACACUUAUAACCGGAUGGUUGCUGCAAGAUAUGUUUCACGGUUUUUUGGCUCAGAACCUGCUACCUCAACCUCCAGUUUCUUACAAGAAUUGCAACCCUCAGCAUUGGCAGGAAAACAGACUGAAGUUGGGAAGCAAACUGAACAAGUAAAUAGAAAACCACAAGUGGAUCUACAAUUGAUCAACUUGAAGCUUGUUCUUGGACCUGAAUUGAGAAUAGUCUAUCCACUGAUACUGAAUUUUGCUGUGAGUGGGGAGGUAGAACUGAAUGGUGUUGCACAUCCUAAGCUAAUUAAACCUAAAGGAGUUCUUACAUUUGAAAAUGGUGAUGUGAAUCUUGUUGCAACACAGGUCAGACUCAAAAGAGAGCAUUUAAAUGUUGCAAAAUUUGAGCCUGAUAAUGGAUUGGAUCCGACAUUGGACCUAGCUUUGGUUGGUUCAGAGUGGCAAUUCAGGAUUCAGGGUCUAGCUAGUAAUUGGCACGAAAAAUUGGUUGUAACCUCUACACGCUCUGUCGAGCAGGAUGUUCUUUCUCCUACUGAGGCUGCUAGAGUUUUUGAAAGUCAACUUGCAGAGUCGAUAUUGGAAGGUGAUGGACAGCUUGCACUCAAGAAACUUGCGACUGCUACACUUGAGACUUUGAUGCCAAGAAUAGAGGGGAUGGGUGAGAUUGGGCAUGCUAGAUGGAGGCUUGUUUAUGCACCGCAAAUCCCUACUCUGCUGUCUGUUGACCCCACUGUCGAUCCUCUCAAGUCUCUGGCUAGCAAUAUAUCAUUUGGCACUGAAGUAGAAGUUCAGCUUGGAAAACGACUACAGGCUUCUAUUGUCAGACAAAUGAAGGACUCAGAAAUGGCAAUGCAGUGGACAUUAAUAUACCAGCUUACUAGCCGCUUAAGGGUGCUGCUACAAUCUGCACCCUCCAAACGUCUUCUCUUUGAAUAUUCUACAACAUCACAGGAUUGACUUGCCUGCUUCUUCAGCUGCGGUUAGCUCACUAGUCUACUGGGAAGUACCUUAUGAAUCCAGUCAGAAAUGCAAGAUUGAAGGCAGGAAUUCGGACUAGCUCAUUGGUUAGGAUUUGAAUAUGUACAUAGAAAGCAAUCAUUUGUGUUCUCUACUAUGAGAUCUUUGCUCACAAGUGAUGCAUUGUAUUUAUUUAUUUAAUUUUUUUUUUUUUUUUGGGGAUGGGGGGGAAUUUAAGAAACAUGUAGAUUAGGGUUGGAGAAGGCAUGGGUUCAAAUGGAUUAGGACAAGUGCGUAGCAUAUUAUUUGUAUGUUACUAAUUGGAUUUUGUAUAUAUGAAUAUCAUUCAAUUGAUUGGUUGUUACAAAGAAAAUGCAGAUCCUAAAGCCAAGAACUCUUUAGGAUCUACGUAUCAGUGUGCCAUUUAUGGCUAGAAUCU